AAACGAUGCUUAAGAUACAAGGAAAACCAUUUCCCGGAACAUCUUAAUUGUCACUGAAGCUUGAGCUAACGACAGCCAAGGGGCAAACAUGUUGAACUCCGCAAGUGAACUGGAGUUUUCGGACGAAAACAAUGUCGAGGAGAUCUCCCAAUUCGCUUCCCUGGAGGUGUCAGGUGGCACAGUAUCCACCCAAAGAAGUUCGAUUAUUGUACCCGAAAAAACGGGCUACCCGGACUCCGUGUACGUUUUGGCAGCGAACAUUUUUCAGGGUAUUCGAGUGGAAAAGUCGUCAGAUAAAAUCUUAAUAAAGUACGGGAAUGAACCCCUGCCGUCCUUGCCCGAGUUUGAGGAUGAAUCUGUACAGCGGUUGUCCUAUGAGCUGGCUUUCAGUACCCUGAAGUAUCAAGAUAUUUUGGAAACUAUGUUAAUCGACAGCUAUAUCUUCCCAAGUACCACAAUACCAGAUCAUUUGAGCAGUCUUAUUAUUGUGAUGCUGUAUGAUUUUCAAGAUAGAAAAUUUCAAAAUCGUGUUCUUUCUGAUAAUGAAGAGUCCAUAUUGGAAGUUCAAGAAGUAGAGAACCUUCUUAACAGUUUUAAGACAAAAUUGGCUGCAGCAUUGGCAAGAUGUCGAAUCAAACAUGAUGCCCUUUCAAUUUAUCAUAUUCUGCCAGAAAUAGUUAGGAAACAGGAACUAAGGGCCUCUACUCUGCCACUUUAUGCUUGGAUAAAUACUUGUAAAAUCAGCCCUGAAGAAGUUUUUAUUAAUUUGAAGAAAAGAGGCUAUAAUGAAGUAAAAUCUGUAUGUCAUAUUGAUGAUAAAGUCUUUGCUGUGGACCAACAUUGCUAUGAUGUCUUAAUAUUUCCAUCUCAUCUAAAAAAAGAUCUUAUAAAUAUAGAUCUUUUCAAAGAUUAUAAACUUAUUUUUCAGGAUAAAUCUCGAAGUCUUGCUGUUCAUUCUGUAAAGUCUUUAAUAAAUUUGGAUGAUGACGUCUUAAUGGUCAACACAGGUUCAUGGUACACAGUUGCCCAUAUGUCAGUCCUAACAAAUGAUAAUAAUUCAAAAAUAUUUGUUUGUGGAGUAAACUCACAAGAGAAGGAUCCUGACUUAAACAACCUUUUCACAAAAAUGGGAUGUAAAAAUAUUGAAAUACUUCAUGAGACAUUUACUGACAUUGAAUCAAAGGAUCAGAGGUUACAGAAAGUUAAAGUGAUUCUGCUGUUGCCUCGUUGUUCAGAUCUGGGUGUUAGUAAUCCAAUAGAAUUUAUUUUAAAUGAACACGAAGAUACAGAUUUACUUAAAGAUCUCUCUCAAGGAGGUACUUCAGAAGAUAAACUUCAGGUUCUUGCUCAACAUCAAUAUGAACAGCUAGCACAUGCAAUGAAAUUUGUUAAAGCUCAAGCAGUGGUAUACUGCACAUGCUCAGUUUAUCCAGAAGAAAAUGAAGCUGUUGUGAAGAAAGCAUUGGAAUUUCAAAACCAAGGGGCUAAAAUACAACCCUAUAGGCUCAGUCCUCCUGUUCUUCCUCUAUGUUCCUUAAAAGAAAUACACUUGGCUAAGGAUAAGUUUUUCAGAAUGGAACAAUCUGAAACUACCAAUGGUUGUUUUCUUUCUAUUUUAACAAGAGAGCGGGACCCAUCUGAGACAGUGUCUGUGAAAGAUGUUUUGGCCCGAGCUGCGGCAAAAGGGCUACUGGACGGGAUUGAGUUGGGGAAAUCAUCAAAACGAGAGAAGAAGAGGAAAAAAUCAAAAACAUCAUUGCCCAAACCGUCUGCCAAUGAUAAUAAUGGCAUCCAAAUGAAAAUUGCCGAGUUCCUGAAUCGAGAAACCAAAACAAGUACUAACAGAUCAGAGGCAUUAAUAACAAAAGCACUUAAUCCACAGAAAAAUGUAUCUCAAGUAGGUGCCACCACACAGACCAGGAAACCCAGCAAGCCUACCAUCAAUCCUUUGACACCCACCUUAACGAAGAACACUUGUCACUGCAAGCCGUGUGAACGGCACACCAACUUCACACGACCUCGACCAGAAGACAAAAUGAUUGCUUUGAAACCCAUUGAGAUCGUUUUGCCUCCAGUAAUGUUGCCAUUUCAGAGUCCUCAAGGGAUCAGAUCUCAGGUCCCAAAUCAGCAUUUUUACUAUCGCUGGGUUAGGCCCAAGACUGGUGUGCCUGGCUACCUUCCCACACCAUCAGCGUCCAGAAGAGGGGAGAAACCUAAAGAAAACUUACCUUCCUCCCUAGUUAGGCGUCCUCGACCAUGGCUUUGA